AUGGACGCCGGCAACUUUAACAACCCGAUCAGGCCGGUUUUCAGCCUUGGCCAGCACGAUUCGAGCAGAGAGCAGCCUCUGGAUGACCUUCAGUACGGCCAGCUCCUCAAUGCUGGUAUCAGCUUCGUCACCACACCCAUCACCAAUGGCCGCUUCCACGCCCGGGUGAAGGAACUCGUCUCUAGCCACCUUGCCAAGGCCAGGCAAGGCGCUGCUUCGUUGGCGGAUGCUGUCGUCCCGCCGUUGACGCCCAGUGACACAUCGCUGUUUCCCAGCCAUGCGGUCACCACUUACAUCGCCUACGCCAGUCCCUGGAUCGAUCUCGCCUCGACCGACCCCGUCAUCGCCACCGUGUCGCGCCAGGUGUUGAACCUCGAGGUCGCCUACGCCAACUUUUGCGGUGUUAGGAGCAUCAUCGUGCCGGGUUUGCGUCGUGAUGCCUCCAAGAACGGCGGCAACCAGGGUGUCUCGCAGUAUGCCCGGGCUGUCCACGAGGCCAUGAACAUCGCCAACCGCCUGAACUUCAUCAUUCAUAUGCCCAUGUACCGCGAGCCGGGUUUGGACGAGACUGCGGAGCUUCUGUCGACCCUGUCCUCGGAACCUUACGGCGUUGACAGCAGCAGCAUCGACAUCUACAGCGCCUGGGACUCGUGGCACUCUAUUCGCAGCAUCUGCGAGUACAGCAUGCGUCUCUACGUUGCCGUUCGAGUCCCCAGAACCCUGCCCGAACAGGAGCUCCAGGACAAGUGGUUCGCCGAGCCUCUGCACUUUCUGUCAUUCGGUCCAAAUGCUUUUCAAAAGAACAAGGGCGGACAUCCCGCUCUGACCAAGGCGCACCAGGAGAUGAUCUUCACCCUCAUGCGCCUCAAGAACGCCCCCUGGCUGCUCCUCAAUGACGUCGGCCCUGACCCGGCCUCUCUCGCCGCGGAGGCCCAGCUGCAGGCUGUUUCUCUGGGAAACCAGGUCCCUACUGCGGAAGACUUCCCCAGCCUGGGCGAGGCCCAUUCUGGCCAACAAGGCGCAGACUCGAUGAAGACGUUCCGAUCCUACAUCGCGUAUCUUAAGUGGCUCGAAAUGCAGCAGCAACCGCUCUCAUACCUUGAACAGACUACUCUUACCAGCUUCCAGGAUUGGCUUCAGUCGCCGUUGCAGCCUCUGUCCGAUAACCUGGAAUCGGCAACGUACGAGGUCUUCGAGGGUGACCCCGUCAAGUACAAUCAGUAUGAGGCGGCCUGCACCGAAGCACUGGCUGAGUGGCACCAACUGGGCCGAGCCACCUCUUCGGACACCGGCGCUGUUGUCAUCGCCGUUGUUGGAUCUGGACGUGGACCUCUCGUGACGAGAGCUCUGAGAGCCAGUGAGGCAACCGGAGUUCCCGUACAAGUCUGGGCUGUGGAGAAGAACCCUAACGCAUACGUCUAUCUCCUCCGCCAGAACGAGAUGAUCUGGGGCGGAAAGGUCACUGUCGUCAAAACGGACAUGCGCGCGUGGAAGGGCCCCCUCAUCUCUGGCACCCCUACCAACAACCCUGUUUACGGCAAGGUCGACAUCCUGGUUUCCGAGUUGCUCGGCUCCUUUGCAGACAAUGAGCUUUCUCCAGAGUGUUUGGACGGCGUUCAGCACGUCCUGGCCCCUCACGGAAUCUCCAUCCCCGAGUCGUACACGGCGCAUAUGAGCCCUAUCGCGACGCCGCGCAUUCACGCCGACCUGCUUACGAGGUUGCCCACCGAGCCCAACGCCUUUGAUACCCCCUGGGUUGUGCGCCUCUUCGCCAUCGACUUCGCCGCCCAGCGCGUCCCGGGCCACCCUCGCUUCCAGCAAGCGUGGGAGUUUACCCACCCCGUCCCCGAGGCUACCCUCAAGCAGAUCGAGACGCGCCGGGCUGGUGGUGUUAUGGGCGGUGGUGGCGGAAGCAUGGCCGGUGCUGUCGGCGCCAACGACCACAACUCGCGUUUCUGCCACCUCACGUUCGUCUGCCGCACGAGAGGUGUCAUCCACGGUCUCGCCGGAUACUUUGAGUCGGUUCUUUACGCACCGCAGAUUGGAGACAGAGAAAAGGUCGAGAUCAGCACGCACCCCGAGUUGAUCGACCGCAAGAGCAAGGAUAUGAUCUCCUGGUUCCCUAUUUUCUUCCCUAUCAAGCAACCCAUCUACUACCCAGCCGAUACGGAGUUGGAAGUCACGAUGUGGCGGCAAACGGAUGAUUCCAGGGUAUGGUACGAAUGGCUCAUCGAGGCGUACGCCUGGGUCAGCGAGACACAGCGCAUCAAGGUGGCGUCAUCGGAUCUCUGCAGCAGUCGCAAGGUUGCUUGUCUUAUGUAG